CUAUGAUAUAUAUGUACCACUGUCUGCCAGAGGACGCCAGAGACAUGCUCCUGCAGGCCGGCUAGAUGUUCUUCAAGUCCUUGGAUCUGACAACUGCACUCCGUCCCGAACUCUUCCCUGACGAGACUUUACUCUUUGUUCAGGAUGCAGUGGGGUUGUACGAGGGGAAAUACAAGAUUCCAAAUUACCAGAAUGGCCAUGCCUACCUUACGUCCCACAGAAUCUGCUACGUCUCCGUCGAUGAGCCGCGAAAGUAUUCUGUUGGCAUUGAUCUGAAAGAAGUCGAUCGCGCUGAGUAUCAGGCAGGUUUCCUCAAGUCUUCCCCCAAGAUUACGCUCUACCCUAAGCCGUCGAAGAAGAACCUCGAUAAAUCGGCAAGUGCUGGCACUGCUGUGUCUUCGAACGACCAUUCCCCGCGUCCACAGCCCUUGGCGACACAUCGAAAUAACCGGUCACCGAAACGUUUGAAUGCGACGUGGAUCUGCCCGAUAUGCUCGUUUUCUAACCCAGUCUCCCCAGAAUUUGAUCCAUCGACCGCAAAUACGUCGACAGAUUUACGGCCGUGUUUAGCCUGCGGCAUAAGACCGCCUUUCACGACGGUCCUGAAGGCCGCUGUCGCCGCUGCAGCGAGUCGUGAUCCUCUUUUACCUGACUCACUUGUUGAGAGCAGGGAACCCCUCCUACAGUCUGGUAAUGGCCUGCGUUUACCCGUCCCACCAAGCGACGACUCUCUUUCUUGCCCCCGAUGUACUUUCAUAAAUCACCCAUCUCUCCCAGAGUGUGAGAUAUGUGGUGCUCCUUUAACUCCCGAAAGCGCUUUAAGUGCUCGCAACGGUCCUAUAAACGGUUCGAACUCGCCGGCUCCACUCUCUGAACAAGCAAGCAUACGAAAUGUGGAGGUAACUGAGGUCAUCAAGCUUUCUUUCCGUGGAGGCGGAGAGAAAAUAUUUCUUGAGCGAUUGAAAGGGGCCUUGAUCCAAAGGAAGUGGUUGCUCUAUAACGCUCCACCCGUGCCACAACCAUCAGAAUCCCCAUCUCCAGGACCAUCUUUGAUUACUCCGACGCUGUAUAGUCCAUCGCCCGCCCCUCCUCGACCCACCGCGGUUGGCAUUGCGGGUCUUGAACAACGAGGGCUGGAGGCGCGCAGGAAUAAUGAGGUCGUCAUUGGCAAUGCUUUUGAAGACCUAGAGGCUCUGAUGGCAUCUGCUAAACAGAUCGUUGCGCUUGCAGAAACGUUGGCCAGAGAAUUCGGGAUUACAAGCAUUGACAGUUCCCCAGAAGCGAAUGCGGUACUUUCCGAAUCCGCGACGGCUCUAGGGAUGGUGACGACAAAGGACAUGCUUGGUUCUGGUGCAGAGAGUCUGUAUCUAUCAGAGCUCUCACGAAACCUGGCCGAAUACCUUACAGAUGACCGAAAGGGAAUCCUUCAUAGGGAAGGAGGAAUCAUGAGUCUGAUAGAUCUCUGGGCGGUCUUUAACCGUUCUCGGAAUGGGGUGGAGCUGGUCAGUCCGUCAGAUUUCCAGAGAGCAGCAGAGCUAUGGGAGAAGCUUAAGCUACCAGUCCGUCUACGUCGAUUCAAAAGUGGCCUUCUUAUCGUUCAACGACAUGAUUGGACUGACGAGAAGACGAUUAGACAGCUCCAGAGUUGGAUGGAAGAGCUUCGACGCAUCCCUCCAGACGAGCCUGUCCCGUGGGAUUGGAGCCUAUUUGGAAGAUCCGUGACAGCACAGGAGGCAGCACAGCGAUUCAAAUGGAGUGUAGGAGUGGCAGCUGAAGAAUUGGAGAUGGCUGAGGACAAAGGCAUUCUAUGCAGAGAGGAGGGCAUUGAAGGUCUACGGUUUUGGAGCAACCAUAUCACUGAUUCUGAUGUAGACCUAGGGGACCUGGGCAUUGCAGAACUCAGCUUAUAGAUAUGGCUAUGGCUAUUGAUAGAGUUAUGAUAACUGGUAAUAGACUAUGAUAUCUCUCAACAUGAAGCUCUCGAUAAUAUGAAGCUUCAUCUAUGCGGAGUCGAUCUCUUAUCGGUGAAACCCCGCAGUGGCUCAUGC